GCCGAGACCACCGCCGGUAGCAUUCCAGAUCCAUCGCUCGCCCACUCCACGCCGUAGAACGCGCUGUUCCGCCCCCACCGAUCGAGCCGCCACGCCCGACCCGGAGGCGGAUGCAGGGCCGCCCAUCCGUCUCCUCGCCGGGCCGCUAGCCGUGCCGUGCCCCGCCGGCAUGUCCUGCGGCGUGCGCGACCGCUGCUUGGAGCUGGAGCGCGCCAUCGUUGGCCGCGUUAGCUCGGGAAAAAGCCUCGGUCUCGAUGACGCCGUCAAGAUGUUCGACGAAUUGCUCCCCCACGCCAGGCCGGCCUCGGUUCGCGCCUUCAACCACCUCCUUACCUCCAUCUUUCGCGCCCAGGGAAGGGGCUCCUCGACCUCCGCGCUCGUCGUGUCCCUCUUCAACCGGAUGGUCCGUGCCUCCCCGAACAAGGUGGCUCCCAAUGGGUCCACCUACAACAUCCUCAUCGGUUGCUUCUGCCGCAUGGGACGCCUGGAGCUUGGUUUCGCCUCCUUUGGCCUCGUCCUCAAGGCGGGCUGGAGGGUGCAAACAGUCAUCAAUCCGCUUCUCAAAGGUCUCUGUGACACAAAGAGGGUGGAUGAGGCCAUGGACAUAUUACUCCGACGAAUGCCCGAGUUUGGCUGCCCACCAAAUGUCGUGGCGUACAGCAUCGUCAUCAAUGGCUUAUUUAGAGAGGGUCAGGUGGACAAAGCUUACAACCUAUUUCGUGAAAUCGAUAACCAGGGGAUUUUGCCAACUGUUGUGACCUACAACACAGUCAUCAAUGGCCUGUGCAAAGCUCAAGCUGUUGACAGGGCCGAGGGUGUCCUUCGGCAGAUGGUUCAUAAAGGCGUUAAGCCAGACAAUCAGACAUAUAAUUGUCUGAUCCAUGGACAUUGCUCUUCAGGACUGGGGAAAGAGGUGGUUCGAAUGCUCAAAGAAAUGUCCGCACAUGGUUAUCAGCCAGAUAUUGUCACUUGUAAUUUGCUGCUGGAUUACCUUUGCAAGAGUGGAAGAUGCACAGAGGCUAGAAAGAUUUUUGAUUCUAUGAUUGAAAAGGGCACAAAACCUAAUGUAACUACAUAUGGUGUUCUGCUUCAUGGUUAUGCUACCAAAGGAGCUCUUUCUGACAUGCAUGGCCUCCUGGAUUUGAUGGUAGAAAAUGGUGUUUCACCUGACCAUCGUACCUUUAGCAUAGUUCUCUGGGCGUAUGGUAAAGGUGGUAUGAUAAAUGAGGCAAUGCGUAUCUUUGACCAAAUGAGGCAGCAAGGGUUGAGUCCUGAUGGAGUAAACAAUGGAGCAUUAAUAGAUGCACUUUGCAAGUCGGGAAGAGUGGACGAGGCUAUGCUCAAAUUUAAUCAGAUGAUCUAUGAAGGAGUGACUCCUAAUAUCAUUAUUUUUAACUCACUAGUUUAUGGACUGUGCACUGUCGGCAAAUGGGAGAAGGCUAAUGAAUUAUUUUCUGAAAUGCUGAAUCAAGGGAUCCAUCCCAAUGCCUUGUUCUUCAACACAAUAAUGUGUAACCUUUGCAGAGAAGGACGAGUCACGGAAGCCCAGAGUCUCCUUGACUUGAUGGUGUGUGUAGGUGUGAGACCUGAUGUUAUCUCAUAUACUACGUUAAUGGAUGGCCACUGCUUAGCUGGUAGGAUGAAGGAAGCUAUGAAGUUACUUGAUGAUAUGGUCCGAGUUGGCUUGAAACCAGAUGCCUUUUCUUAUAAUACUUUGCUUCAUGGCUAUUGUAGAGCUGGCAGGAUAGAUGAUGCAGUUAGACUAUUCAGAGAAAUGUUAAGCAAUGAAGUUAGGCCUGGAAUUGUCACUUAUAGCAUGGUACUUCAGGGUUUAUUUCGGUCUGGGAAAAUUUCUGAAGCAAAAGAACUCUAUCCCAAUAUGAUCAAUAGUGGAGUACAGUUGGACAUUUACACGUACAACAUAAUUCUGGAUGGUCUUUGCAAAAAUAAUUGUGUUGAUGAGGCAUUUAAAAUAUUUCAGAGUUUAUGUUCUAAGGGUUUUCAACUACACAUUAUUACCUUCAACAUUAUGAUUGAUGCUUUUCUCAAAAGUGGCAGAAAGGAAGAUGCUAUGGAUAUGUUCACUGCUAUCUCUGCCCAUGGUUUAGUUCCAAGUGUUGUGACCUAUCGCUUAAUGAUACAAAAUCUCAUCAAAGAAGGAUUGCUAGAAGAGUCUGACAAUCUGUUUUUAGCAAUGGAAAAGAGUGGAUGCACUCCAGACUCAUGUAUGCUAAAUUCUCUUGUUAGGAGGCUGUUGCAUAGAGGUGAGAUAAUGAGGGCUGGGGCUUACCUCUCCAAAAUUGAUGAGAUGAACUUCUCACUUGAGGCAGCCACUACUUCCUUGCUAAUAUCAGUUUUCUCGAGGGAGGAAUAUCAGCACCAUGCAAAGUCCCUGCCUGAAAAGUAUCAUUUUCUUGAGGCUGUCAAUAAAUGAGGAUUUUUUCAGAGGAAUUGGAUUCUCAACUGUGUUGAGACAUCUUUUAUGUGGCGCAUAAAUUUGUUGGAGUGAUUAUGUCUAUCCAUUGCAGUGAAUAUUUCUGUCUCAUGCUCUAAGUUACUUGCCAUAUUCUGUGGUCUCCUUUGUUUAGAGAAAUGUUAUCAUGAUAGUGCUCUUCAGUAUCAAGUUUAUCACCAAGUAAAAAUUAUCUUGUUUUCAGUUGCACUUAUAUUUACAACAGGGAUCAAUUUACAUGUUGAUGGUUCAAGAAGCUGUAUUAUCUAUGUGUUACUUGUUGGCACUCUUUUUUAUGACUUCAGUUGAAUAUUGUGUUUGGGAAGUUGCAUACUUGGAUGAAGUUGAAUAUUUGAUGCCACUUGAAAGGCUGGGCGCUUCCAACAACUGUAGCCCUUUAAAGGUUGGCACACUCCUUCCUUAAUAACUCCAUUGUCGAAUCAUGCUUUCUUUGUUCACUUUUCAUGUUUCACAUAUUGAGUAAUGUUUCUGAUGCUUCGAGUUCCUUGUUUGUUCGGUUGGUUUUUGUUUUCUGCGGCUAUGCCUGCACCGGUUGCUACUGGGGAGUCCAUGGUAAAUUACCUUGAAAAAUGCAGCAGUACUCUCCAUGUAUUGCACAUAUUGUUUGUAUUUACUUCUGUAUUCGACCACCCUCCAAAGGUCGGGCCUUCCUGUAGUUCCAAGAUAUUGUGUAUGUGCUUUAUGGAUGUCCCUGACUCCUUGCAUGGGUUGCAGUUCUAUGUCCAUACAAGAGCAGUGGAAGUUCCCAGUAUGGCAGUAUGUCUGUUUACAGUAUCAAUUUUUGUAAGUCUCCUGGUCAUCUGAACUCAAAAAAAUUUCAUGAUAGCAUCUUUAGCGUGUGUUCAGGAUCAGGCAUGUCUUUUGCUUGCACUUAGAAUGGUUGUAAUUCCAGAGCAAUGAAGUGAGACUUUGUG